UGGUUGUUGAAUCUCUAAAACCAACCCUCUUCUUCUUCUUCUUCUCUCUUUCUGAUUUCUAGAGAGAAAGUAUUGAAGAUCGCGCGUUCCUUUUCCAUCGCUUGUUUCUUCACUUCACUUGCCAUCAUUGUUCACACCCACGUUGUUCGUUCAUCGGAAUCUCCAAUCGUCAGUCAUUUGGUGCGAUCUGGGUCUUUUACAUUAUAAUAAUAAUAAUCAGUUUUAGAUCAGUCAUCAUCGAUCCCCUGUUUUCACUUUUGCUCUAAGAAGAAGAAAGAAGAUGGCUAUGGCGGCGCAACUUCUUCAUGCACCUAUAUUAGGGCAGCAGAAGCAGCAGCAAGUUAACAAUCAUCUGAUCGGAAAUCGCAGCAUUUCAAAUCUGUUACAAUCUAGAUCGUUUCCUUCAUCAUCUUCCUCCUCCUCUGUCUUUCCCAUGCGCAUUGGCCUCUUAAACCCUACUUCGUUUAACAAGUUCCAUUUUUCCUGCGCAUCCGUCGGAGGCGGCGGGAUCGGAGGAAAAUCUGGCGCUGGCGGUGGUGGUGGAGGUGGUGGUGGAGAUGGAGAUUCGUCUGAUGAUUCAUCUUCACCGUCGUGGGUUGGACCGGUAGGAGCAUUUGUAAACGGAUGGAGAUCGAGAGUUGCGGCGGAUCCCCAAUUCCCAUUCAAGGUUCUAAUGGAGGAAUUAGUCGGUGUAAGUGCAAACGUUUUUGGCGACAUGGCUUCCAGGCCGAAUUUUGGCCUAAACGAAUUGGAUUUUGUGUUCUCUACUCUGGUAGUAGGGUCAAUAGUGAAUUUCGUCCUGAUGUAUCUAUUAGCCCCCACGAUUUCCGUCUCACCCCAAAGUUUACCCGGUUUAUUCUCCAAUUGUCCGACGAGCCACAUGUUUGAACCGGGGGCAUACAGUUUGGCUAGCCGAUUAGGGACAUUCGUUUACAAAGGAACAAUAUUUGCAGGAGUGGGAUUUGCAGCUGGUUUAGUUGGGACUGUUAUAUCGAACUUGCUGAUUAAGAUGAGGAAAAAGAUGGAUCCUAACUUUGAAUCGGCUAAUAAAGGGCCGCCUACUGUUUUGAACGCUCUUACAUGGGCGAUGCACAUGGGUUUUAGCAGUAAUUUGAGAUACCAGAGCUUGAAUGGGAUUGAGUUCAUGAUGGAGAAGAAUUUUUCAGCUGUGAUUUUCAAGAGUAGUGUUGUGCUAUUGAGAUGCUUGAAUAAUAUUGUGGGUGGGAUGACUUUUGUGAUGUUGGCUAGGUUGACUGGUUCGCAGAGUGUUGAUGGUGGGAAGAAGAUGAAGGUAGCUGAAGAAGAUGAAGGUAUAGUUGUAGUUGAAGAAGACGAUGAGAUUGGGCGUCCACUUGUGACGAAAUAGGCAUGCAAGACUUGAUAUUUGGAUUUUGAAUGUUUAGAACUAGAAUUAGAAUAAAUAACUUUGUGGGUUUGGAUGGAUCAUCAGCCCUGUUGUGUUUGUUGCUUGCUUAAGCUUUUAUGAUCAAUGAUUCGAGAUAAGUUCAUUAUAAUAUGACUUCAAAAUGGUUCUUCUGAAUUUUGCUUUUCAUGAGUCACAGCCCAUUUGGAUGCAAUUAGUUUCUUUCAAACUAGUAGAAGAAAUUGUUUUUGUUUUGGUUACAA